ACAGUUCGAAGUUUUUAGAAGUUUGGGAAAAAGAAGUCUGCGCCUGACUGUAAAGAAAACUCAAAAAUUCGUGUUUGGAUUUUGGCGCAGACCUUAUCUUCAAUUAUUCUUUCAAGAUGGGAAAGGGCGGGGGCUGCGUCCCAAGCAAGAAGAAGGUCCCGUCCGGAGUACUCGACGCCGCCGACGACCCCACGCGCGGCUCACGCGACGCGCCUAUUCCCGCCGAUUCCGCCGCCAAUUCCAAUGUCGUUCCCGAUUCCGGCCAAAACGACGCCAUUUCGGAGGCGUCGCAUCCGGCGGCGGCGGCGGCGAAAUUGAGGAUAUUUAUCGUGUUCUACUCGAUGUACGGACACGUGGAGGAGCUGGCGAGGAGGAUCAAGAAGGGGGUGGACGGCGUGGAGGGAGUGGAGGGGGUGCUGUACAGGGUGCCGGAGACGCUGACGGCGGAGGUGCUGGAGGCGAUGAAGGCGCCGUCCAAGGACGACGGAAUUCCGGAGAUUUCGGCGGCGGAGUUGGCGGCGGCGGAUGGGGUGCUGUUCGGGUUUCCGACGAGGUACGGGUGCAUGGCGGCGCAGAUGAAGGCGUUUUUCGACUCGACCGGAGGGUUGUGGAAGGAGCAGAGCCUCGCCGGAAAGCCGGCCGGCUUUUUUGUUAGUACUGGGACUCAAGGAGGUGGCCAAGAAACCACAGCUUGGACAGCUAUCACCCAGUUAGCACACCAUGGAAUGCUAUUUGUUCCCAUUGGGUAUACUUUUGGAGCUGGCAUGUUCAAGAUGGACUCAGUACGAGGCGGUUCUCCAUAUGGUGCUGGUGUUUUUGCUGGCGAUGGCUCAAGACGGCCAAGUGAAACAGAGUUGGGGCUUGCAGAGCAUCAAGGGAAGUAUAUGGCAGCAGUAGUCAAGAAGCUUGCCUAAGCUUGAUAAUGAAUUCCUGAUUUUAGCAUCUUUGUGUGCCAUCAUUUUACUUGUGUUUUUUCAUUUUUUUUUUUCAUUCCAAAUAUAUCCCUCAUGUGAUUGGUCUUGGCACUUUCUCAUUCUUCUCAUUGCUGGAAGAUGUUACAGUUCUUUACAGUGUUGGUUCUUUCUCACAUCUUUACUUCGUUAUCUGUUCAAAAAGCUGUAAAUGGUUAAAAGUGGUUCUGCUUGAUUAUGGCAAAAAUAAUUUGGGAAUCUGUGGGUUGUGUGUAUACUUGAUUUCUUAAACGUGUAAUUCAUACCAUUUAAAACUCGAUAUAUGAGAAAAUUCCCUGUCUUUCCAGUUUUGC